AGAGGAGAAGAGAUCGCAGACAAAGAGAUACCAUGAAGUUGCCUUCCACCUACUUUGAUUAACCCUCUUUCUUUCCCCUUUAUUCUUCUUCGAUCUUCGUCCAUGUCCCACCCAGCUUUCUUCAUCUAUUCCCCUCUUCUUUCAUCAUUUCCCAUUACCCCAAUCAUGGCUUUCUCUCUCAAUCACUUCGUCUCCUGAAGCUUCAUGCCUAACUAAACUACCUAGCUUGAUCGAGUACGUACGUAGCUCUAUCUAAUGGCGACCAUAUCAUCAUUCUUCAACAGAUUCCUCUCUUUCUUCCUCCUCCUCUUCCACCUCAGCUGCUUCACUAUCACCCCCACCGCCGCCGCAGCCACCGCCAUCAAUCCCCACCGCCGUAAACGCAGACUCUCUUCACUUCUCUCCAAACCCUCUCUAAAACCCCAAAAGGCCAUUUCUUCUUCUUGGUCCUUUCUCAAGAAACUCUUCAAGUCCUCCAACACCCAAACUCACCACCUCUCCACCUCGCCUCGCUCCUCCAGCCACUCCCUCGUCUCCCUCGUCGUCCCAACCCAAAUCAAACCCGACGUCCCUAAACACUCCGACGACUCCGAUGUCUUCUCCGGCGACCACCACUUCUUCCCUCUCCGAAACGACAUCUUCCCCUGCACAACUUGCGGCGAGAUUUUCCAUAAGCCUCAAGCUCUCGACCACCACCAAGCAGUCAAGCACGCCGUGUCGGAGCUCCACAACGGCGACACCGGUAAGAACAUAGUCCAAAUCAUAUUCCAAACAGGCUGGAACGCUAACGACACGCGGAAAACGCCACUGAUCCACCGCAUUCUGAAGAUCCACAACAGUGCCAAGACACUUGCCAGGUUCGAAGAGUACAGAGAGUUCGUCAAGUCCAAGGCCGCGAGAAACAGCGCCGUCAGAAGAGACGAGAGGUGCGUGGCGGACGGGAAUGAGCUGCUGAGAUUUCACUGCUCGACUUUCCUCUGCGACUUGGGAAUCGGCGGGAGCUCCGGGAUUUGCAGCCAGCAGUACUGCAGCGUUUGCGGGAUCAUCAAGUCAGGGUUCUCACCUAAGUUGGACGGAAUCUCCACGCUGUCUAGCAGCUCCAGGGCGCACGUGGCGAUCCCGGAGGAGAUCGAGGAGGAGUUCAAGUUCUUGAACGUGAAGAGGGCCAUGCUGGUCUGCCGUGUCGUGGCGGGUCGGGUCGGGUGCGACUCAGACGAUGACGUGGACAAGGACGGUGGCGGGUUUGACUCGGUCGUGGGGAGGAGUGGGAGUGGGACCCAGAUGAGGGUGGAUGAGGAGGAGCUCCUGGUGUUUAACCCGAGGGCUGUGCUCCCCUGCUUUGUGAUUGUGUAUACCGUUUGAGAUUAUUAUUACAGUGUGUUCGGUUCGUCUGGACCGGAAUCCGGUCACGGGGUAGCUCCGGUAGCCUCCACUGGGGACAUGGAUUUCGAUCUAUGGGAAUCUGGUGCAUGUUUGGUUGCCUAGCUAUGCCAUGUUACGGUAGCUUAAAGUUGCAAGGUUACGUCGAUA